UUUUUUUUUUCUUGCAAGAAAUCCAGUCUCGUUCUCAUUCCCACAAUGGGGUUCCAUCUUUCCACAAAAUCCCAUGUUUUGGGGGUAGUUUCAGGCAUUUUAGUAUUGCUGAGUUCAGUGGCAGAAUGCAAAGGAGAGAGAAUUUUGAAGCCUUUUGAUUACCCUGCAAUAAACUGCAGGAAGCACAGCGCGCUGUUGACAGAGUUUGGAGGAAUUGGUGAUGGAAAAACCUCCAACACCAAGGCCUUUAAAACUGCAAUCGACCAUCUCAAGCAGUUUGCCACAGAUGGAGGAGCAGAGCUCAUUGUGCCUCCUGGAAAAUGGCUCACUGGGAGCUUCAAUCUCACCAGCCAUUUCACUCUUUAUAUCCAUAAGGAUGCUGUUAUUCUUGGUUCUCAGGAGGAAUCGGACUAUCCCCACAUUCCACCAUUGCCAUCAUAUGGAAAAGGAAGAGAUGGUGGUGGAAGGUUUUCUAGUCUCAUUUUUGGAACAAAUCUCACCGAUGUUGUAAUUACGGGUGGUAAUGGCACGAUAAAUGGCCAGGGCAGAGUGUGGUGGGACAAAUUUAAACAGAAAAAAUUGGUAGAUACCCGGCCUUACUUGAUAGAGAUAAUGUUCUCUGAUCAGGUCCAGAUAUCAAACCUUACAUUGAUCAACUCUCCAUCAUGGAAUGUCCACCCCGUCUACUGCAGUGAUGUGAUAAUUCAAGGGAUGACGAUUCUUGCACCAGUAGAUGUCCCUAAUACAGAUGGAAUAAACCCAGAUUCAUGCGCAAACGUGAAAAUCGAGGACUGUUACAUAGUCUCAGGCGAUGACUGCAUUGCAAUAAAGAGUGGUUGGGACCAGUACGGGAUCAAAUAUGGAGUCCCAACCAGGGACAUAGUCAUCAGGAGGCUCACCUGCAUAUCCCCCGACAGCGCCGUCAUCGCUCUGGGCAGCGAGAUGUCGGGCGGGAUCAAGAACGUCCGAGCUGAAGACAUCACAGCCAUAAAUUCCCAGUCCGGCGUGAGGAUCAAAACAGGCGUGGGAAGGGGAGGCUAUGUGCAAGACAUCUACGCUAGAAAAAUGACCAUGAAGACCAUGAAGUAUGUCUUCUGGAUGACAAGCGAUUACGGGUCUCACCCAGACGAUGAAUGGGAUCGUAAAGCGAUUCCCAAGAUUGAAAAUAUCAAUUACAGGGAAGUGGUCGCGGAGAAUGUGACCUAUUCUGCAAGACUUGAUGGAAUUUCAGGCGAUAAGUUCACCGGAAUUUGCAUAUCUGAUGUGACAAUUCGGCUGACUCAAAAGCCAAAGCAACUGCAAUGGAACUGCACUAAUGUUGAGGGAGUCACAAGCCAAGUGACUCCCCAACCUUGUGAUCUGUUGCCGCCCUCAAAGGGGCCCUUGCAGUGUACUUUCCCGGAAAAUCAGCUUCCCAUUGAAGCUGUUAAAUUGAAGACCUGUUCAUACACUGCAUCAAAGAAGAUGAUGUAAUAAAUAGAGAGUUUUUUGAGAACGAAUAAGCUCUGAUAUAUGUGAGCUGAUCGAUACUAUUUUUGUAUGAACUAGGCCAUGUGGCUUUCAGUUUCUCUGUGUAUUGUUGUU